UUUCUGGCAAAGCGAGUGCGUGGACUCCAGAGAGCAGAGUCAACUCUAUUUAACCCUGUCAUUUGGCUCUCAGGCGCUCAGACUGAGCAGCACUCAUCCACCUCCACAUUCACUCACCUCAGUCUGCUCUGAACACUUCUGAAGAUGAUCUGGCUUGGCAUCACUUCACUGUUUUCACUGAUGUCACACGUCUGUGGUCAGAAUUUUGAUGCAACCCGCCUCAGAUUUUUCCCAGCAGUGAACCAAAGCAUUGCUGGAGUAUUCCAGGUGAGCUCCUUGAAUGACCUCGGUCAACCACAUUAUGCCUUCAACGCCUCCGAGGCUCGACAGCUGUGCUUGUCCCUCGGAGUGACCAUUGCUGGUAAAGCUCAGGUUGAGGAGGCGCUGACCAGAGGCUUGGAUACAUGCAGGUAUGGAUGGAUUGACGAACAUUUGGCAGUCAUUCCUCGCAUUAAAGCACUUUCUAACUGUGGCCAGAAUCGCACAGGACUGGUGACCUGGAGAACGUAUGUGAGGGAAAAGUUUGACGUCUUCUGCUUCAAUGAAUCAGACGCAGCGGCACAAUUGGAGGACGCCACCACCGGCAGCCCUUUAAGCAGCGUUCAUGACUCAGAGCAGACGGCCUCCACCCAGGCGGCACAAUCUACGUCCUUUUCCUCCCGUCAUCCUCCUUCCUCUUCCACCACCCUCAAAACUAUAGACACAGAGUGGGAUCCUGCGCCCCAUGUGGGCAGUACACACAGCUCUGCCAGAGGAAAAGCCAUGCUCAUCACCUCCACCUGUAUUCUUCUUCUUAUCGCUGUGAUCGUCGUCGUUUAUCUAAAGAUGAAAAAGACCUGCGCUCGGGGCUUAGACCUCCAGCAACAGCAGCAGGGCGAGUCCACAGAGACACAGGACUGGAAGAGUGGGGAGGAUUUAAAGGAAAACACGUCUGACACUGAAGGAGAUGAGAAAAUAGAAGUGGUUGAAAUGGAAAGUCAUGUGACUGAUUGACUGUAGAGUGUACUGUAGUCAGUUUUGCAUGCUGUUGCACCGUGUUUGAUUUGCUACGUUAUUUACCGAAUCGUCAGGUGGCGUUGUUUAUAAUACUCUAAUAAAGGAAGACUUUUUAAUUGA